CAGCUACUAUGUUUUGCUAUGCGUAUUCGCAAGCAAAUCAGCUGCCUGGAAGCUAAAAAUUUACCAACAGUGCAAGAUUUUAAAAUUAGAACGCAAUUCACGCAUUGGGCGCGGUAUCGCAACUUUAGCCGCCAGAGACUAUAAUCUGCUCCCAGUGUAUACGGUUAAAAAUAGAUAUCAAUAUUCAGCGGCUGCCUUUUACCGUGAGCGGCAAAAGUUUGUGUUCUUCACUUCCUGAUGCAGAUUCACGCAGUUCGAAUUAGAGGCCCGAGUGGAUGACUAAUUUUCUCUGUAGCAGUAAAAAAUGUUCGCUCAAACUGAGGAUCCGCCGGUUAUCGGUGAUUGGUAUCGUGAGAAAAGCCUCGGUAGCGGUGGAUUUGGAGUAGUGACAUUAUGGAAAAAUCAGCAAACGAAGGAGAUGGUGGCGAUAAAAAAGUUCCACAUUCUGCACGAUAAAAGCGAAAUGACGGAUAAGCACUGUGAACGAUGGCAGAACGAAGUUUCGCUGAUGACUAACAAAGUUCGAAAUGAAAAUAUUGUGCGUACGAUCCAGGUUCAACCGGAGAGCUUUCUUAGAGAACUGGCAAAGUAUUCGGCAAAUAAGCUACCAAUACUUUGCAUGGAGUUUUGCGAAGGUGGAGACCUAAGGCGAGUUCUAAACCGGCCCAUCAGUUGCAGUGGUUUAAAAGAGCUGGAAGUAAGAGAAAUUCUACGUUCGCUUCGUAAUGCUAUCUCUUGCUUGCAUAGUUUGAAAAUAACCCAUCGCGAUAUCAAACCGGAAAAUAUCGUACUUAAGCAAGAGGGCAAUCGCACCGUGUAUAAACUUACUGAUUUGGGAUACGCAAAGGCACUGGACAAGCAAAGCUUGAAUGCCAGCCUAGUAGGCACAGUAGAAUACAUUGCGCCUGAUCUUAUCUAUUGUGAUCGCUACAAUUGCUCCGUAGAUUACUGGUCCAUGGGAAUCAUAGCGUUCGAAAUUAUUUGCGGCAUACGUCCGUUUAUUCCCCACACCUCAGUUGCUAAAUGGAUGAUGCACGUUCAGCAGAAAAAGUCCAUGCAUAUAGCUAUCACGGAGGACAACCGUGAUAAUUACACCUACCAUAGUGAACUAUUUUUAGAGAACUACAUUGCACCUGGUUUGAAGCAACACCUAGAAAAGUGGUUAGUUUUGGCCUUAGAGUGGAACCCAAAGCAGCGAGGACAUGUUUUUCAGGUUGGAGAUGAAGAAUUGACUGAACAACAGCUGAGAUCGGUUAAACUUGCCGACAGUAAACCGGUCCAAGUGCUCAAAAUUUUCUCACUGCUGGACACGAUUCUACAAAAGAAGUUACUAACUAUCUUUUCUCUGUACGAUUUUCGACUAAUGAGUGUCGAAAUUAGCGAAAGCAGUACCUUUGAGAUGGUAAGACAAACUGUCACAAAAGUAACGGGUAUCCCUAAAGAUGCAAUUGAGUUCGUUCUACCACUGGAGCAAAAGCUAGACCGCAUUGCAGAAGACACCAAACCCAUUGAUCUCUAUUUGCCGGGCUUCUACGAGAAACCUAUGCUUUUCAUAAUUAAUAAACAAGGUGCCAUAAUACAGCCGGAUUUGAAACCGGAAAUACCAAAAAGUGUAACAGAUGUAUUUCAAAACAUAAAGGUUAAACUAAAGCCUCACAUGCUCCGCCAGUUUGCUGCGAAUGCACAUUAUUUCGUGACGAAAGAGCAGCACUCGUAUAUCCUGGCCUUGGAGGGAAUAAAAAACUACGGGUUGAUGCUUAACGAAGAGAUCGUUAAGUACAAGGUUGAAGUGAGCCGACUAAAUAAAAUUACUUAUGGAAUGAGUGGCGGAUUGGAAUUUCAUAAGUUGGCUCUGGGUUAUACCAGGGACAAAAUGGUUAAGAGAAAGUUUUCUGACGAACUGCUGCAGAAAACCAUCGUUUUGUGGGAAGAACGAUGUACUCACAUGGAAACUAGUAUCCUGAAACUGCUAGAAAUAGCAGACAAGAUAACUUUACGUUACGAAUCCGUCCUUAAGCGCAGUCGGCUCUCCGUUUGCCACCAAUUGCUGAAGGAUUACGAACAGCAAGAUCCUUUCAAUUUGAAGGCUUUGGACGGACGUUACGAGAUUGUCCGUGCCCAAAUAUUGGAGAAAGCUACGCACGAGAAAUCGCACAUCGAUAUGCUACAGGCGGUCUACGAGUGUCUGAAGAAGAGAGACAUUUUGCUGCGCGACUAUGAGUUUAAGGAACUACAACAGCAAAUGAUAGAUAUCCGUCGAGAGAUGCAAGAGAUACGAAAAGCGCUGGAGAAGGCUCUCGAACAAGCGGAAAAGUUUAAAAAAGAACUCGCUAGAAUAACAAUUGAACAUAACGAGAAUGUAUGGAAUCUGGUGCACAAUAUUUCUAGCAGUUCAUCCAACUCGGUUUACAAUGGUGCUUCCUCGCCGCUACCAGAUAUCGAAGGAAUGAUGAGCUCUCUCCGGUUGGAGUCAUCAGCUAGUAACGAUUUAAGCUUCCGUAUCGGCGGCACUGUUUCCACUCUGCAGGAUUCUAUGGGGCCAAAUUCUGUAAACAAAAGUUUGCUAUGUUUCGGCGAGGGACCAGACGUUGAAUCUUUGAUUAGUGCCAACGAUUCACUGAUAAUGACAACCGACGAUUUGAUCAACGACGGAUUCGAUUUAUUCAAGUAAAUCUGCCUGUGCUAUCCGUUGAUUCCAUCGCAUAGUAUAUAUGUAUCAUGCUAAAGUGUACUGAUUGCCGAUUAAAAAUAUAUAUCAUUUCAACUUCGUUGAUUUAUUUUCAAAUAGAAGAAUUUGAAUAUAUUAAUUCACUAAA